CCUCCCAGACGGAUGGACCUGGACGAGAUCCUCCCGGAUGUAGGACAGUUUGGGGCAUACCAAAAGCUGUUGUUGUACUUUGUACUAUUACCUUGUGUGUUGCCAUGUGGCUUCCACGCGUACAAUCAGCUGUUUAUGGCCGCGGCUCCCCAGCACUGGUGUCGUGUCCCGGAGUUAGACCAUUUGGACCCUUUCGUCGCCCGGAACCUCAGUAUUCCUGCGGAGUGGAAAGAAGGCGAGCCAGUAUUCAGUCAUUGUACAAUGUACGUGCGAAACUACAGUGAGCUGCGAUCACUACCUUCCAGUCAACACACUCUAGUGGACACAAACGUCACUAGCUGUAAACAUGGCUGGACGUUUGACUACUCCCAGUACGCCACUACUGUAGUGACAGAGUGGGACAUGGUGUGCCAAAAAGACUUUUAUAGCACUUUAGCACUAGUUUUGUUAGGAGCUGGGGGCCUUAUUGGGAACUAUAUAUUUGGAUAUCUGCAAGACAGUUUAGGUCGGAGGCCUUCAUUUUUCAUUUACCUAUUUAUAGAAUGUUUCUUCGGAAUCGCCACCGCCUUCGCUCAAGACUUCGCCACCUGGACGUUUUUUAGAGUCGGGGUAGGCUUUACAGUUCCUGCUAUUUUGGGCACACCAUACGUCUUAGCUAUAGAGCUAGUAGGACCGAAGCAUCGCACUGUUUGUACCAUCCUCACCAACAUAGCCUACUCUCUAGGACUAGUAGCUUUAGCAGCUGUAGUUUAUCUCAUAAGAGACUGGAGACAGCUUGCUCUGGCCACGUCUGUGCCUUUUCUAUCAUUCUUCCUCUACUGGUGGGUUCUGCCAGAGUCCCCCCGCUGGCUCCUGGCGAGAGGAAGGUUCGAGGAAGCGGAAAAGAUACUAAAAAAGAUGGCCAGAGUUAACGGGAAGUCUCUCCCGGCCAAUUAUAUGGUCCACCUUAAGAGAAAAUAUCAAGUAGAAAGAUACAUGCAACAGAAAGACAGCGACAAGGAUCAUAAUAGAAGAUAUGGUGUAAUGGAUCUUCUCAGAACACCAAACCUCAGGAGGAAAACUCUCAUCAUCACCUUCAUAUGGUUUACAAACACCUCGGUAUAUGUUGGCCUUUCCUACUACGCACCAGCUCUGGGUGGUGACGAGUUCCUCAACUUCUUCUUGGCCGGUGCUGUAGAACUGCCUACAUACAUAGUGCUGUGGCCAGCCAUGGAAUGCGCUGGUCGACGAUGGACCUUGUGUGUAAGCAUGGUUAUAGGAGGUCUAGCCUGCCUUGGGACUCUACUGGUUCAGCAGAGUCCAACAUGGACUCUAGCCCUGUAUUGUGUGGGCAAGAUGGGUAUUUCAUCCUCCUAUGUGGUGCUACCCCUGGUGGCAUCAGAGCUCUACCCCACAGUAGUCAGAGGGUUGGGAAUGAGUUUUAGCAGUGUAGCGGGGAUGGUGGGGCCAGUACUCAUACCCAUCGUCAACUACCUCGGAUCGGAAAUGCUGAUUCUGCCUCUUCUGAUCAUGGGAGCUCUCCUCGUCUCUGGAGGACUGAUAAGUCUUCUGUUACCAGAGACGCUACAUCGUCAUCUGCCCCAGACACUUGAGGACGGUGAAGAAUUCGGUGGAACUUUACUUGGUUGUUGUCCUAGCUACAAAGUUGGCGAUGUAGACAAACAUGGAAAACCUCCUCCAACUAUAGUUCCUGAGUCACCAAUUAAAAGCUUGCUGACAGCUGUUCCAAAGGAAACGCCACUUUCUACCCCAGUGGCUACUGAUGGGACGUCAUCUACUGAUGUAACUUCGGACACUACCUUGUCAGUGCAGGAGCAUACAAUGAGAGUCACUGUCGUUUGACAUUCUCUAGGCAUCCACCCUUUUACAUACACUAACUACAUCUAACUACUACACACGAGCAUUUACGUUGUUUGUCAAUCCUUCUGGACCAACGUAACUUCAUAAACUAUCAAGCUAGACCUUAACAGACAUACGUCUACUUAACUGACCAAACAUUCUGAACCAACGUAGCUAAAUGAACUAUUAAGCCAAACCUUUACUAUACCCAAAUACAGACAUACAUCUACUGACCAAACAUUCUGAACCAACGUAACUUCAUGAACUACCAAGCCAGACCUUAACUAUACCCAAUUACAGACAUACAUCUACUGACCAAACAUGCUGAACCAACGUAACUUCAUGAACUACCAAGCCAGACCUUAACUAUAUCCAAUUACAGACAUACGUCUACUUAACUGACAAAACCUUCUGAGCAAACGUAACUUCAUGAACUAUCAAGCCAGUCCUUAACUAUAUCCAAUUACAGACAUACGUUUACUUAACUGACAAAACCUUCUGAACCAACGUAACUUCAUGAACUAUCAAGCCAGAUCUUACCUAUAUCCAAUUACAGACAUACGCCUACUUAACUGACCAAAACUUCUGAACCAACGUAACUUCAUGAACUAUCAAGCAAGACCCUAACUAUGUCCAAUUACAGACAUACGUCUACUUAACUGGCAAAACCUUCUGAACCAACGUAACUUCAUGAACUAUCAAGCCAGGCCCUAACUAUAUCCAAUUACAGACAUACGUCUACUUAACUGACCAAUCCUUCCGUACCAACGUAGCUUCAGGUUACGAAGAAUCCCAAACCAUGUGAUUACAGUCAGAUGUUUCCUUCUAGUUGGCCAAACGUCUUGUACCAAAGUAACUUAAAAUAUUAUCACGAUAGACUCUAACUACACUUAACUAAAUAUAGACAACUACCUCUUUGGCAAAAUCAUAGGACAUCAUCAUGUCAGUGCAAAAACUCACGUUAAAAUUACUAUAGUCUUGAUCAGUUUUAAGACUGGCUUACGACGCGCUAUCACAUUUUUGCCGGUCGUUGAGUACCCACAUAAUAUGUUAAGCUUGUACCGAUGUAAAAAAUGUGUUUUAUAAAUCUGUUAAUAUUCUCCCUUUGUUAGGAUUAUUCAUUUAAAAACAAAGGGGUACCUCUAAUGUUAGUGGAGAAGAAUAUAGUUAUAAAAUAAUAAAUGUUUAUUAAAAUCAAUAUUUUUUUUCAAAAAUCUUAAGAAAACGUUUAUGUUAAGAAACUUUAUUUACCGGUAUAUUUAUCUAAAGAAAAGGCGUAAGAAAUUAUGGUUUUAAAAUUAUGUUAGUUUUUAAGUACAUAAGAAUUUUUUACAUACUUUCUUACCUUUUUACUGUUUUCCAGAUGGUAUGUGACCAAAUAAGUAAGUCUUAUUUAUUUGUAUUCAAUAUCAAAUUGUGUGAGAUUGCAAGAAGUAAUUCGUCAAAACUUUAGUUUAUAACUUUCACCUCGUGCCUUUGAAUAUUUUGUAUAAGAUUAUU